GAGAGGGGCAGAGAGAGAGAGAGAUUGCGCCAGAAGACAUGACCAUGUCUACAAUACCAGAGAGUCUAAACAGCCCCGUCUCAGGAAAGAACGUGUUCAUGGAAUUUGGGCCACCGAGUCAGCAAAUGUCUCCUUCGUCUAUGACCCACGGACAUUAUUCAAUGCACUGUUUACACUCCUCCGGACACCCGCAGCACGACAGCGCAUACAGCCCGGCUCCGUCCUUCCCCAGAUCCCUGCCUUAUCCAUAUGUCAACUCGGUCGGUAGCCAUUCCUCCAGUCCGUACAUCAGCACCGUGCAGACUUACCCAAACAGCUCGGCUCUGGCGCAGACGAGGUUGGAGGACCCAGCACCAGAGUCAGAGAAAAACACCGUGGUGGAAGGCGGAGAGGUUCGUUUCAACGGGAAAGGCAAAAAGAUCCGCAAACCUCGGACCAUCUACUCCAGUCUCCAGCUGCAGGCUCUGAAUAGGAGGUUCCAGCAGACUCAGUAUCUGGCUCUGCCCGAGAGAGCCGAGCUCGCCGCAUCACUGGGGCUCACACAAACACAGGUGAAGAUCUGGUUUCAGAAUAAACGUUCCAAGUUUAAGAAACUGAUGAAGCAAGGCGGAGGAACAAUAGACACAAACGCCCUGGCAAACGGGCGCGGACUGUCCACCGGAUCUUCAUCCGUAGCGCCCGUCUGGAACGCCACAGCCACUGUCAAAACAUCCACGCCGACCUCUUAUAUUCCCAGUUACACCUCAUGGUAUCCGACAGCGCAUCAGGACACUAUGCAGCAGCCACAACUCAUGUGAAACGGGACUGCUGAAACAAUCCCACUCCUUUAUCAACCAAUGGCCCAAUUCAGGGACCCGACACAGGCCAGUCACUCUGCGGCCUUACACACCCUGCCCCUCCGCAGCCCAGAUCAGAUGUGAUCCGAAGACACUCUUAAAAGCGGCCUAUAAGGACUGAAAAAAAGUGUCUUUUGCAUCAGAGAGGAAACAUUAAAGGGAUUGUCGGGAAAUUGGGUCAAAUCAAAGCUGCUACUCUCCCAUUUUCGGUGAAUUUUUAUUAUUUAAAAAUACACGAAAUUGUAAGUUUUUUGUUGUUGUUGUUUGUUUGUUUGUUUGUUGUUGUUUUUUUGUUUGUUUGUUUGUUUGUUUGUUUUUUACAUUUGUAAUUUUCCCUGAGAAACUUGGAAUUACCGGUCUGCCCCUAUAGUGCUGGCUCUUAUACGGGCUAUGAGAGCAUCAUGAACAUCGCACCAAAUUGCACAUUUUCCAAAAGCUCACGCCUUACAUUGGGCGUAUAUUGUCGCUUCAGGCUUCACCAUGGCGCGGUGAAGGUGUAUUAACUGGGAUAAAUCACACCAUGAACAAGAAUGAACGUUUCAUGAGUUUCCCCAUUUUAAAGGGAGCAAAGAAAUCUUUUAACAAAGUUAUUUUGGAUGUAUGGCUCUUUGUGAAUUAUUUAAAUAUAAGUUAUUUAGAAUGUGUGUGUGUGUGUGUGUGUGUGUGUGUGUGUGUGGGCGGGUUUGGGUGGUUUACGAGGACUUUUUUUUAGGUUACAAACUGGUAAUUACAAGGGUAUUAUGCUAUAAAUGUGGUUUAUGAGGACAUUUCUAGUGUCCCCAUAAUUCAAAUCACUUAAAAAACAUAUUAAAUGAUGAAUACAAAUGCAGAAUGUUUUUUUUUUUGUGAGGGUUAGGUUUAGGGGUAGGGUUAGGGUUAGGGGAUAGAAUCUAUAGUUUGUACAGUAUAAAAAUCAUUAUGUCAAUGGAAAGUCCUCAUAAGGAUAACUGCACCAACAUGUGUGUGUGUGUGUGUGUGUGUGUGUGUGUGUGUUUUGUAUGAUUGUAUGGUUAUUUAAAAUAAAUCUUCUUUUAUGCUGCACUAUAAAGUAGAAACACGUUCCCCUGAUCUGAACCCAAUUGUAAUCCCAAGUGUUUUUGGACCGUACAAAGAGGAGCACUGUGCAGAUAAACGCAUCUAUCUUCACCGUUAGAUGGGAAGGGUUGACGGCUCUAAUGUACAGAAAUAGUCAUUUUCGUUGUGUGCUAAAUAAUUUGUGCAAAGGGAACUAAACAUGAUUGUGUUUAUUAAAAUUCAUGUUUUGUUUUUGUUUUUUCGUUUAAAAAUAGAUUUAUAGCUUACCGGUCACAUUAAUUUAUUGUUUUUGUUUCAUGGAGUCUUGUAUAAUGUGUUUACUCUGACAGUAAAAAUCUACUUAUGAAAGUUACAAAAUG